AUAUAUUAUUAUAUAUCAUCAUCACUUAUUUUCUGUGCAUUCAUAGGAUCACCCUUCAACUCAUGGAAUCUAGCGUAGUAGUCAAGGUUAAAUAUGGGAAUAGUGUUCGACGUUUUACAAUUGUUCCAAAUAAUGGAAUAACCAACUUGCGUGGACUGAAAGACAAAAUUCUUCAUCUCUUCAACUUAUUUUCUUGGGAAGAACAAGACUUUUCCUUAAAGUACAUUGAUGAAGAUUAUGAUGAAAUCUCUCUUAUUGAAGAUGAAGAUCUUUAUGAGGCUUUUAGGUUAAAUCUUAAACCUUUGAGAAUCUUUGUAACGGCCAUCAAACCUAAUAAUAGGGAAAUUAUAACCAAAGACAAUCUUUGCCCUACUACUAAUAAUAAAAGUGUUAUUAUUGAUAAUAAUAAUAAUAAUCAUGAUGAUGAGGAAGUACUACCACCACUCCAAAUUCAUGAUCGUGAUCAAAUAUUACAUUUCAUGAAUAAUGUUUCUUCUUGUGAUAAGAUUGAUGAAGAUGUUGAUCAAUGUGUUGAGUCAUGUCACAAAGUAUUUUCCAGUGAAGAAAAUCCUUCUUCAUCAAUGACGUCCGAAGAAAUGGACAAAAUUCUCAGAGAAAAAGCUAAAGAUCUCAUUGUGGAAGAGAAAGUGGAUAGUGUUUCGUAUAAUCAACAAUCGGAUUGGACAGGAUUUGUUGACAAUGCUACACAAUGGCAAAAUAAAAAUUUGAACUCGAUUUGGAUGGAGAUUGAGAAUGGUCAUCACUCUUGUGAAGAAGAAGAAAAUUCAUUAGUACACCAGCUCAUGGGGAAACUAUUGUACCAUGAAGUUAUGGCUAAGAAGAUUGAUGGAGGAGAUACUGCUAAUUAUUAUCAUUAUCAUCAUGUUGAAGAUGAUGAACCAGAUACUGGUAAUAGUGUUGAAAUUGAUGAUGGUAAAUUUUUAAUUAGUGAUGAUAAUAUAAAAAAAGAUGAGGAAGCCAUUCUGAAUAAAGUUGUUGAAAUGGGGUUUAGCUUGAACAACUUAACUGAGGAGAUAUUGAAAGUGAAUGACUAUAACUUAGAGCAUUCUAUGGAGUAUUUGUGUGAUGAUUUUGAGUGGGAUUUAAUGCUUGAAGACCUCUUUGAGAUAAGAGCUGAGAGGAAUAUGUGAACAAAAAUGAAGAAGGAAUCCAAGUGAACAAUCUGUGGAUUGUGCAUUGCAGCUGCUAGAUACUGAAUCAUCAUAAAUAAAGCUAGUUAUUUAGUUAAUUUGAGAACUUUUUAAUUAGUAUUUGGUUAUGUUUUAUUCUGUGUUUUUUGGGAAAAUAAAAGGCACAACUUCUUUCAUGUUCUCUAAGACAUUUGUAUGUAGAUAAUUCUUAGUAAAUGAUCUCCUUGCUAA